AUGCCUCCCAAAAAAGGCCAACGUAAAUCGAUGCCUGGGCACGUACAUAAAGCGCCUAUGUUGACACCUUCCCGGCGAUCCCCCCGAGUGCCUGCCCCGCAAAAGAGUUUAGAUGAAAGCUCACAGCCCUCCAAAACGUUGGAAUUUACUGCCGCCUCUCCGCAAGACGGUUCUAUCAACAUUCGAUCUUACAAUUCGAAAACCACAGUUUCAAUUCCCGCAAGUCCCGAUACAUCAGAAACUCCUCCCGAGACACCAAAAUCACGUCGCCGCACGUUCCAAUCACGCCCAUCUCGUCUUUCGACUGUUUACACCCCAACAAUAGAGACCCCAGCCACCAAUAACGGUAGUCGGCGGACGAGAAGAACGGCUGCACUUGAAACACCCAAGAACGAAGGCUCGGAGAUUGACCUUCCAGACAGCAUUGGCACUACCGGCUGGACCUACGACCAGUACAUGGGAAACCUCGAGUCUGAAGGAACAGCCGACGGUCCAUCAAGCCCCACAUCAGCCUCCGACAUGCGGAACUCAUCUCGGGUUCGGAAGCCCACCAUGAGGGCCAUUGAAUCUCUCGAAACUGUGAAGAGAAAGCCUCGACGAAAAAAUACACCCAUUCCCACUCCGCCUGUGGAAAAGCCGGACCCAUUGAGUGCCAAUGCUGCGAAAAAUAAAGUAUCAAAGAAGCCUAUCAUGAAAACAAGAACAUCAAAGCGAAUGGCGAAUUCAAACUUGCAGAAGAAUUUUGUCUUGAUCGGAUUUGAUAUUGACGCGAAGCUCGUCGGCAAAGCCUUGUAUGAUCUGACUGUCGAAGCCCUAAGCCCUGGCUUUGUUCUUCCAUCUGAUUUCCCCGAAUCCUAUAACAAAGCGCGUGAUGCAUACUACCGUCGCCAAGAUAAUGAGAAAUAUGGCACUAGUCUGCCUGCGGAUUCAUCCAUUCCACCUCAAGAUGUCGACACGGCCGACGAAGACCAGUCAGCUGCCCCUGAUAUCUUGCCUACCUCUCCCGUCCCCACUCCCGCAACAACCCCCGGUGUGGGCAUCCUUGCCUAUGAGAAGCGUUCUGAAUCCGUAAUCAAUAGUGAUGGCUGGGUGGAAACUGGCAGAGUCAACAAUAAAGGCGAAGAAGUCUCUCUCAUCCCCGAUCAGUACCACCCAUAUUACCUAUCCCACACAUACGGAUACGAGGGCCUACCAUACCCCCCAGUACGUGCUCGAUCUGGUCAGCAGGCCGAGGCUGAUAACGCGCACGGCUUCCCUCCAUUUAUGGGAGGCCGCAACCUGCCAUCCGACAAUGUGGCUCCCUUCGUGACCGAGAACGUCAAGGAAGAACAAGCCAGGGUGUUCGCCAACGCCCCCGCGCCAGCGCCCACGGCCAAGAGCAAGAAGACGCGCGUGCGCAAGCGCCGCCAGACCGCGGCCGCCGAUGCCGAUAUCAAAGCCGAGGAGAGCACUACCACUCCCAUCACCACCGAUGGUGGACGUAAGUCCCAGCGUCGCCGUCGCCAGACAGCCCCUGCUCCCACCCCCCCCUCUUCAUCCUCUCCCUCUACUCCCCCGACAACUGUGACAAAGGUCAAGUCCUCCCGCUCGGCCGCCGCCGUCGCCCCCGCUGCUGCUGAAGAAGACAAGCCCAAGGUGCAGCGGCUGCGGUUGACCCUGAAGCCGGAGCACAAGGCAGAGACCUCCGGAGCUGCCUCUGUUUCCGCUGAGGCCCCCGCAGUGCAGUCUUCUUUCUCUUCCGCUCACUCAAAUGCGCCGUCCCCCGCACUAUCCAACAAGCGUCGUCGGCGCGGAGACUGA